CUCCUCCAGAGGAGGACUAUAAAACUGGUACCUACCAGGAAAUGAGAGGGACAAGACCAUCCUCCCAUUGAGCCGAAGUGUCACCAAACCAGGGCCAUGGUGAGCACGGUGGGUUUUGCAGCUGUCUUCUACAGUGAGCCGGCUGUGCUGGGGCUCCUGGCAAACGUCGUCAGCGCCUUCCUCCUCUGCCUGCAGAACUUUGCCACAGCACACACAGGCCUCAGGCCACAGGGAGCAGAGGAUGUCCUCACAGGUGUCCACCUCAUCCUGAUUGGAGGCUUUGUCCAGCUCCUGGCAGGAUUUCUUGCCUUCCGGAAGUAUGACCACCUCGGAGGCGCAGCCUUUCUCACCUUCUCUGCUCUGUGGAGUAGCUAUGGAGCCACACGCAUCAUUUCAGCUGCUUAUCCUCCCUUGCAGAACAUAACACUGUCCUUGGGGAAUGCCAGUCAACUCCUGUCCUCCACCAUGACACACCUUUCUACUAGCCAAAGUGCAGUGGCAGGGCUUGUGGCCUACAUUUCCAUUUCCUUUAUUCUCUCCUUCUGCUCAGCUACAGUGAACUACAUCAUGCCUUUCAUUUUUGGGGCCAUUGCUCUUGCCCUGGUAUUUGAAGCCGUUGCACUGUUUGGCCAGUGGGCACUGAUAGUGUCAGGUGUCACUGAACUUGUCAUUGUCCUGUGUGGGUUGUAUGGUGCGAUGGCUCUUCUGUUGAAGGGGAUCACGCAGCGGUACAUCCUUCCAGGCUUUGGGCAUCCACUCUUUAAUGUCUUGCUACUGGGGUCAGCACAGAAGAGCUCUUCCAAGGCCAUCGGAGAAGAGAAGAAAAAGAAUACAAAGUAUGCUGAGCCAAUGGCCUUAGGCAACAUCUGUGACACUGUCUCUCCAUUUAUAUUUGCUUUUUACUUCUUUGGGUACAUGAAGACCUUCUGUGUUGGAGCAGCGUGGAUAUCCAUCAUCUCCAGCUGCCAGCUUCUCUCCAGCUUCUACAGCUAUCUCAGAGGUGAUAUCUACUACACUACCAAGUUUGGUGUCCACAGCCUCCUCUGGCUGGUAAUGUCUUGGGAAGAGUUUGUACUCACCACCUUCCUCGAGCCAGGCAAAGCUCAGGAGAGCAGGCUGGGAAUGUUUGGAGGGUGGUUCUUCUUGGUUGUUGCCUGCAUGCUGUUUCUGAUGUCAGCCCACAAAGACACCCUGGAGAUGUUGCAAAAUGCUUCUUUCAUCAUCCUCACGUCUGCCUUCAUCCAUCAGAUCCCACUGUCGGGUGCUUACCCAUUCCUGGGAGCUGCCUGUAGCCUCUGCACCGCUCUCUCGAUGUAUGCCACUUUUGCCAGUCUUAUCAAUUCCAUUGGGGAGAAGGCUUUGAUUCCAGUUGGCAAACAAGCUAUGUCCAGUUCAGCUCUUCAAACCACACUGAUGGCUGCCAAAAUCUGCUUCACUAGGUCCAAGAACCUCCCAAGUGGCACCAAAGCUGAAGUGCCAGAUGCCUUGUUCUACAUCUGCAAUGGCCUGGCAGCAGUCUCUGCCAUCCAGGGUACUCUCAGUGACCCCAAUAGGCAGCAACUCUCCAUACCCUCCGUGCUCAUCCCAGGAGCCAUAAUCCAGCUGUACGUCUGCAGGAUCCAGGUUCAAGGAGGCAGAAGGUUUGGUUGUGUUCUCCCACUCUGCUAUGCUGCUUUUUGGGGAACAUGGACCUGGCUUCGGUUGGCAG